AUAUAAUUUAGUGUAAGGGCAAUGCCUAACUUUAUAAUAAAGGAAAACUUCAAAUAUUGACUAAAUUUAUCUAAGUAUACACAAUAGUUUAAGGGAAAAAAAGAAAAAAAAAUACACAACUGUGAAGGGUCCAAGAACAGAAAGAUGGGUAAAGGGAGGAAAGUUGUUCAGGGUGAAAGGCGGGGAGAUAAGGGGAGGACAGGAGUUGGGGGCAGAAUUCCAAGGCGGUGGGUGGAGAAAGGGGUGGAGCCUGGAUAAUUGACUCAGGUCUCAGUGGUCGCCCAAGGGCUAUAAAAGCUUGGUGAAACCUGGUUAGGACUGCAGCCUGAAGUCCAGGACUGGAGCACAGGCAGAGACUGGUGGGCGACAGGGGCUUCAGUCCUACAGGAAAAAACGCCCAGAACAGAAGCGAUCUGGUCCGACAUGCAGCACCUGCACUUGUCCCACCUGCUAAAAGUCUGGCUUUUACUGAGCCAGCUUCCCAGAGAGAUCCCAGCCCAGAACGAUGACAAGAUAAUUAAGGCUUGCGGCCGCGAGUUAGUCCGCCUACGCAUCCAGAUCUGCGGCUCGAUCUCCUGGGUGGAAAGGGUUCACCAUCAAUUGCGGGAACCUCGGCAGGCAUCAGAACCACUUGCAGAAGUCCUGCCAUCCUCCAUCAUCCAUACGAAAACCUUAAAUACAACGGUGGAACACAUUCCUAACUUCUCACAGGAGCAGAAGGCAGCACUCUCUGACGGGGAGCCAACAAGAGAGCUACAACUUGAAAUGGAAAGUUCAAAUCUUAAUUUGGAAGAAUUGAAGAAAGCUGUUCUUAGUGGACAAAAUGAAACUGAAGACAAAAGUCUUUCAGAAUUAGAAAACUCAGGCUUAGAUAAACAUUCCCGAAAAAAGAGACAGUUCUAUGUACCCUUAAGUGAUAAGUGUUGUAAUGUAGGUUGUACCAGAAAAGAGCUUGCUGCACAAUGCUGAUGAAAGUAUUGUGUAUUUCAUCUAGUAGUCACAUGAUUCUUGAUGACACAUUCAGUGAUGCCUCUGUCACCCCACUGAUUAUUAAAAUAUGAGAAAUCAUCACUUAA